UAGCUUGAGCUAAAAUUAGUCCGUUAUUUAACGGUUAACGUUAUACACACGUGUAUACGUUUAUGUGUAUUUGCGCUCGUGCACAGCUGUAAUAAAGCAGCGCGGUGUCAGUACAUCUUUAGCCCACAGGUUGCUCUGUAGCCUGGACCAGCAUGGCAGAAAUGAUCUCCAGAUCUCAUUUAACUGAAAAAUGUGACAUUCCAGGUGUCACACGUUAAUUAACGAGCUAUACACGAGUUAUAACAUAUUGUAGCACGUGUAUUAUAACGCUAAUAAUACAUGAGUUAUAACAUGCAUUGAUUUACAAUACCUUCCUCUACCUGAAGUUCCUGCUCGUGUGGGCUCUGGUGCUGCUGGCAGACUUUGUCCUGGAGUUUCGCUUUGAGUACUUGUGGCCUUUUUGGCUCUUUAUCAGGAGUGUGUAUGACUCCUUCAGAUACCAGGGACUGGCAUUCUCGGUGUUUUUUGUUUGCGUUACGUUCACGUCAGACAUCAUAUGCCUGCUGUUCAUCCCUAUGCAAUGGCUGUUUUUCGCCGCCAGCACUUACGUUUGGGUACAAUAUGUCUGGCACACGGAGCGAGGUGUGUGUCUGCCCACGAUCUCCCUGUGGAUUCUCUUCGUCUAUAUCGAAGCCGCCAUCCGAUUCAAAGACCUGAAAAACUUCCACGUGGGCCUGUGCCGUCCAUUUGCCGCUCACUGCAUCGGCUACCCGGUGGUGACGCUGGGCUUCGGCUUUAAGAGCUACGUGAGCUAUAAGAUGCGCUUGCGGAAGCAGAAGGAGGUGCAGAAGGAGAACGAGUUCUACAUGCAGCUCCUGCAGCAGGCUCUGCCGCUAGAACAGCAGAUGCUACAGAGGCAGGAGCGCGAGGCAGAGGAAGGAGCCUCUAAGUCCGUGUUGGAAGCAGAUCCGACGCUUUUGGCUCAGAACGGCACCAAGAAGCUGCCCAUCUCUUUCCCCGAGCUGGAGCAGCGGGCCAAGAAACAGAACCAGCACAGCAUAGGAAUAAACAACAACAUCCUACACACCGAGGAGUCGAAGCUGCAGGACAUUGAGUACAUGGAGAACUAUCUGAGCAGCAAGAGACUGAACAACGAGCUGAACGGCUGCGCGGAGGACGUGGGUGGCACAGAUGCAAGCUCCGCCUCCUCAUCCAGACAUUACAAAAAUUCCUCCCCACGCAGCCACAGCUCCACCAAUGGCAGCGUGCCAUCCUCAUCCAACAGGAACGAGAGGAAGCAGAAAAGCGUCGGGAAGAAUUCCCAUCGCGAGCUGAUGGAGAACUGUAUACCCAACAACCAGCUCAGUAAACCAGACACUUUGGUGCGUCUGGAACAGGAUGUAAAGAAGCUGAAGGCGGAUCUGCAGGCGAGUCGCCAGCUGGAGCAGGAGCUGCGCUCUCAGAUCAGCUCUCUGAACAGCGCCGAGAGGAACACUCGCUCAGAGCUCAGCCAGCUCCACCAUGAGAACGAGCUGCUCCAGAACAAGCUUCAUAAUGCAGUGCAGUGCAAGCAGAAGGACAAGCAGACCAUCACUCAGCUAGAGAAGCGGCUGAAGUCCGAGCAAGAGGCACGGUCAGUGGCUGAGAGGCAGCUGAACGAUGAGAAAAAGAGGAAAAAGGUGGAGGAGGCGACGGCUGCCCGGGCUGUCGCUCUCGCUGCGGCGUCCAGGGGCGAGUGCACAGACUCCCUGAGGAGUCGAAUUCGAGAGCUGGAAUCCGAAUGUAAGAAGCUCUCCCACGACCUGAAGUUUAAAGAAGAGCAGCUCAGAGAGCUGGAGGGCAAAGUGCAGGAAUUGCGCAAAUACAAAGAGAACGAGAAGGACACAGAGGUUCUCAUGUCGGCACUCUCAGCCAUGCAGGAUAAAACGCAGCACCUGGAGAACAGCCUGAGUGCCGAGACCAGGAUAAAGCUGGAUCUUUUCUCAGCACUAGGAGAUGCAAAAAGGCAGCUAGAGAUUGCACAAGGUCAGAUCUUGCAAAAGGAUCAGGAGAUCAAGGAGCUGAAGCAGAAGAUAGCCGAGGUCAUGGCCGUCAUGCCCAGCAUCGCAUACUCUUCCGAUUCCAACAGCAUGCCUCCUAUUUCACCUCACUACUCGUCAAAGUUCAUGGACACGAGUCCGUCCAGUCUGGACCCCAAUGCGUCUGUCUACCAGCCGCUUAAAAAAUAACCCCCUGGUUUGUUUUUGUUGUUUUUGUUUUUCUUUUCUGAAUUGACCAGGAUCAGUAUGCAUACCUUCUUAAGAGUGUUUUAUUUAUUUUUUAAUUCCUUGUGUUCUUUCAGUAAAUUGUAAAUGUGGUGUUUAUUUAAACAACAGGAGAAGAAAAGCAAAGGUUUUAGAUUAAGACCACUUUGUUUGGAUUUCAGGAUUGUUCAGUUCUUGGCCUCUGCACAGAGGCUUGUUUGCAUUUUUUGCCAGCAAGAGCGGCGCAGUUUUGUGUUCAAAAAGAAUGAUUACUUCACAUUCAAUUAUUUUACCAUAAAAGAAAAGUAUUCAUAAUGAGCUGAGAUUUCGUUAUCCAGGUGCUGUGUCUGAAACAUAUUUCUGUUGAAUUAAAACCCAGUGUGUUAUCAUUUUCUCUUGGAACCAAUGAGCUGUAAUUGAUUGUUUUGGGACAGUUUAAAAAGCGCCGUUGUUUCCUCACGGUUCUCAUUGGCCACUGUUGAUGACAAGGUUCGGAAGAGACCGAUUUUGAUGUAUUUUUUGCGCAAUUUUGCCGUCAAAGCAAUUCUUCUUUGUAAAUGGACCAAAAGUGAAAUUUACUUUGUAUGCAAAAACAUACCAAGUAGGGGUAGCUGAUUGAUUUUCAGUCAUUGUUUUAAUGCAGUGCCUUGAAUCUUUUCAGUUCGAAGUAAAUUAAUUCAUGACCAGUUCUGCCUCUCCCUUUGCUCAACCUGAUGACCCUGUGUCACAUGACACACACCUUCUUACUUACUCCUGUUCAGACCUCCUCCUGUUGCUUUGGAUAUUGUUUACCAAGAUGUCACACUAAAAAAAUAAGCCAUCUGCUUUUUGUUUUCAGUUACCAAAUGACCCUCCGAUUAGAUUCCUUUCACCUAGAAAGAGGUACCGACAUUGGAACGGUGUAACCGUUUGUUCUGAAUGUUUUCACUUCAUUCAUAAGUUCCAAGUACGUUCUCCAUAUAGAGUUUACCACAACAGACAUGUUCUCUUUACAGCCCUGUUUUUGCUCUGAAUCUUGCCUCAUGCCACAGCCUUGUUUGCGUUUGCUCUUAUUUGUAAUUUUUAAGAGGGGUAUUUUUUUCUUUUUUAAAUGAUCUCUUGAUGUUAUAAGAACAUAUCAGACAUCUUUACCCAGAUAGAACGUUGUAAAACUGAGUUCGGAAAAUAUUCGGUUGUAAUUGUUUCCUUGUGUUUUGUUUCGUUUUGUUUUUUUUCCCCUCUCUCUUUGGAAAAGUAUUUCUGUGGAUUGUAAUGGAAUUGUACCUUAUUUUUUUUCGGGGGGUAACUUUGUGGAGAGUAAAGACUAAAGCACUU